AUGGUGAUUUGCACGCGACGCGGCUGCGGCGCCGACUUCGACCCUGCCUCUUCGACCUCAGCGGCGGCGUCGUGCAGCUACCAUCCUGGCGCACCCGUCUUCCACGAAGGUCUCAAGUCAUGGUCAUGCUGCAAGGAGACCAACAAGCCCGUCAUGGAGUUUGACCAGUUCCUCGCCAUUCGAGGCUGCACCACGGCCGAAGCGCACUCGGCAGAAAAGCAGGCGCUGCCCACCAUCAAGAACGGCGCUGUUGUCGCAGAUGAAGAGGCCCCAGCAGCGCCUUCAGUCGCUGUGUCGACGGAUUCCGACGGCAAGGAAACCUUUGGACUUGCAAAGUCCUCGUCUGAUAUCGUUCAGCCGCUCUCCGGCAUGUCCUUGCUGGCAGCACAAAACGCCCAGAGUGCACAGAACGUUGCAGAAUCCUCAAGCUCAGGGAGCAAGGCAGCUUCGGCCAAAGUCGAGCCGGGCGAAGAGGAGGAUCCCGCCGACGCCGACGCCAACCUUGCUGCCGGGCUGGUCUGCAAGCGCGGAGGGUGUGGCUUCAAGCAUGACGGUGGUGCUCGCGAUCGAUCUAAGGAGACGUGCAAACACCACAAGGGCUCUCCCAUCUUCCACGAAGGAUCCAAGGGUUGGUCGUGCUGCAAACGCAGAGUGCUCGACUUCAACGACUUUCUCCAGAUUGAGCCAUGCUCCACGGCAAAAUCGGGACAUCUGUUCGUUGGCGCACCCAAGGCUGCUGUAGAUGGCAGUGCUGAUGGAGAGGAGAGCGUAGACUGCAGGAUGGACCAUUACGAGACUCCCAACGAUGUUCGCCUCACCGUUUACGCCAAGUCGGUGGAUGCGGCCAACAGCUCGAUCGAGUUCAAAGAGGACGGCGUCGUCUUCUCGCUCCUGCUGCCACCAGCAACUGGCUCUUCUCGAGGUCGUCGCUUUCGAAAGGUGCUCAAGCCUUUCGCUUCCAUCAACCCCACCGAUUCGUCCUUCAACGUCACCAAGUUCAAGGUCGAUCUCGUCCUCGUAAAGCAGCAAAAGGGCCAGAGCUGGCCCUGUCUCGAGAGCGGCGACAAAGUCAUUGGCUACGGUCUCACCUUUGGCCGCGACAAGGACAAGUGA